CCCCGAAGCAUCGCCAUUGCAUCGGCGAUGUGGAGCGAUCCCCCGACCCCUCUCUAGGUGAGUGCUAGUAGAAUUUCUCACGCUCGCGGCGGCUUACCCCGACGGGCCUUGCGACGUGGGGCUUAUGUGUUGCUCCUUGGAUUGCCCGCUGCGUUGUCCGUUUUUUUGUUGCCCAUUCUUGGCGCAACACGCGAUUUGAAUCCUAUGGAUUCCAUGCAGGAUUUCUCGCUCGUUUGGCCCCCCGCGUCAAACUUUGCAGCCCACCAUCUCGUGGGGCGUGCUGGUCGGUACGGUGGGCUCCCAGUGCCCUGGCAGACGUGCCUUUGCUCGGAAUUGGUAGCUCGCUUGGUCAUCUGCGCCCAGAAGGCUGGUGAGAGGCACGCCAGCUGAGCGGCGCACGGCGUGGCAUGCCGCAGCGGCCGCCAUUUGAGGCCAUGCGGUUGUGCUCGCGUGCUUGGCCGCUCAGUUCUCCACCUAGGAUGCCAUCCAAGCUAAUGCUCGCAGCGACAUGAUAUGUGUCCGAGUGUGUGGUGAGAUGCUUACAUUUUUAGGUUCAGUCGAGCAAAUGUCAGUGUGCCUGGUCUCCACGCUCAACUUGAAGCCCCGAAUGCAAGUGCUGGGCCAUGGCCUUUGAAACUCGGCUGAGGCGCACAGGGGUUGCAAAGAACAUGUGGACGUGCCCUGUUCUCGCAUAUCCUUGUCAACGUGUCUCUUGUAGGGUCGGGUUCACCAGCGCAUUGCUGGUAGGGCGACAGAGCAGAGCUGGUGCUCGAACACGGGUUUCAGUUUUUAGUGUCGUGUGGCACGGCCCGACGGCCAGCUCGAGCUUGUUGAGACCUAGGUUGCCACCAGGGACUGUCUAAGACAGUCUUGCAUCGAAUGAUAUGUUUUUCUUGCACUGUCUCGUCGAUUGGACAGCUGGCUGGUAUAGAGCCCACGGCCCAGACUCCAGCAGUCAUCUCAGUUUGAAAUCAGCCAGCCCGAAGCGCCCAAGUACAUUUUUUUUGGCAGCGCAGAGCGCGCCAGAGUUGCCAACAAAGCGCGAAAGUGCGGGAGCGCGAGGACUUUGCUCGAGCGCGCUGCUCAGCUACAGGGCCGUUCGAUGUCUCCAAGGCCUUCAGCGCAAGGCCGCUUGUAGGAUCGGGGUCGCCGCCGUACGGGUGGCGGGUCGCGGACUGGAGGAGCGCGCCCGACGAUUGUGUCAAUUCGUCCCCUCGCCUUUGCGGCCCGACGCUGCCCUUCGCGGCAAGUGCGCAUGCGCAUGAGGGGCAACGUUAGGGGGGGGAUACUCCCCCUGAGCUGGUCCCCCUCCCGCGAUCCUGGAGACCUCGCGCCCCCCACGCGCAGUCCAUCAUGGAGACCUCGCGCUCCCUAUACACAGCCGAUCCUCCUCCCUGCAGACCUCGCGCCCCCUACGCACAGCAGAUCCUUCUCAGCGGCGCGUACCUUGCUCUGUGUCGCGGGGCCGCGCCCGGAGCGGGGGAUCGGGCGGAGAGG